UUAUUUUAGCAACAACAUCCUCAUUUCCUCCCUCAUUUUCAUUAUCACAACAUAUUUUGCUUAGCCUUGUAAAUCCAACAACAACUUCCAGCAUUUUAAAUCAACAACCUUUAUUUUUUGAUAAUUUUAAUAAAAGGGCUAGAAUGUCAUUUUCACCCCCUCCUAAUACACCCCCAUCUUCUGGGAGUGUUUUAUUAUUUGUUAAGGAAGCAAAAGAAGAACCAGAGCAAAUUAAUUGUAAUGAGGAGGAGAAUACAACAAUAAUACAAAAUCAGAUAUUCCCCCCACCUUCUUAUUCCACUUGUUCCUCACCUACUUCCAACGACCGUUUAAACGAAAACGAACUGCAUCGUCUGUCUCAGUUGGCAAAUGAAUUAAUUAAUUUAUUACCCCCAAAAUUAGAACCAAAAAAGCGUUUGGAAAGAAGCCUAUUGGAGGCUCUAGCAUUGCCACAAGACGACCCUCUACGUGUUGAACAUUUUCGCCUUUUCUCAAGAUUCUAUGGGCGUUUUGAUGCCAAACGCCGUUCAGACAGGACCUUAACUAGACAUGAAAGUGUAGUUAAUGAAGCGGCUGCUCAAUUAUGUUUAUUAAGGCCCGAUUUGCUCACAAGAAGAGAUCAACUCUUUCCGCUAGCGAGAAAAUUAGCCCGAAUGUUUGAAACGCCCACUGGAAACAGUUUCUCCUCGUUUUUAAAUUCAUGUACAAAUAAUUCGAGUACAUCGCCAGAACAUUCUCCAACAGAGUUUUCUGGGGAAGACAAUGAGGGUAGAGAAGAAAAAUAUAAAAGGGAGCAAGUAGAAGAAGAUGAAGAAGAGGAAGAAUUGAAGGAAGAGGAGGAAGAGAUCAAGAAAAUUGAAGAAAAGAAGGGAAUUGGGCAAAUGUGA